GCAGAACCUCCUCCGCCGGCGACCGAAGUCUGUGCUUUUGAGUCAGGCCGCGGCUCUGAGUCGCCGCGCCGCUGGUCGUGUGCCGUCGUGGGUGCGGCUCUGAUGCUGCGGCUGGCCCCGGACGUCCGGAGCUCUGGAGGCAUUUGAGAAGAUUUUAUUCACGUGCAUGUCAUAGAAGAUGAAUUCCUCCUCUUCUACUAUGAAUGAAGAGCCUGAUGCUCUGUCGGUAGUUAACCAGCUACGGGAUUUAGCAGCGGAUCCCUUAAAUAGAAGAGCUAUCGUCCAGGAUCAGGGAUGUCUGCCUGGCCUUAUUUUAUUUAUGGACCACCCCAACCCCCCUGUUGUUCACUCAGCUCUACUUGCGCUCCGGUACUUGGCUGAGUGUCGUGCGAACAGAGAGAAGAUGAAGGGAGAGCUGGGGAUGAUGCUAAGCUUACAGAAUGUCAUCCAGAAGACUACAACUCCAGGAGAAACAAAACUUCUGGCUUCUGAAAUCUAUGACAUCCUUCAAUCCUCUAAUAUGGCUGAUGGUGAUAGUUUUAAUGAAGUGAAUUCACGUCGGAGGAAAGCUCAGUUCUUUCUGGGAACUACAAACAAACGUGCCAAAACAGUAGUUUUGCAGAUAGAUGGUCUCGAUGAUACGUCUCGAAGGAAUCUGUGUGAAGAGGCUUUGUUAAAAAUUAAAGGUGUUAUUAGCUUUACUUUUCAAAUGGCUGUUCAAAGAUGUGUGGUGCGAAUCCGUUCAGAUUUGAAAGCAGAGGCUCUGGCGUCAGCAAUAGCAUCAACCAAGGUCAUGAAAGCUCAGCAGGUGGUGAAGAGUGAAAGUGGGGAAGAGAUGCUGGUCCCAUUCCAAGAUGCCCCUGUGGAAGUGGAGGAGAACACAGAGCUGCCUGACUACUUGCCUGAGGAUGAGAGCCCUACAAAGGAACAGGACAAGGCAGUGUCCAGAGUCGGCUCACACCCUGAGGGUGGAGCCAGCUGGUUAAGCACAGCUGCAAACUUUUUAUCCAGAUCAUUUUACUGGUGACUCCAACUUCAGUUUGGGGCUCAAGGACUGUGCAAACCAACAGGGGGCCAGCUUUCCAUUGUGGUGAACUGUCAAGUGCAAUUUGCGAUAGGUUAUCAUGGAAAGUUUCUAGAUUACAUGACUGCAUAUGCUGCAUUUUACAUUUGGCUGGACGUUUUCCCCACCGAAUGGUAAACAGGACAGAGCUGCAGGUGGAAAUGGCUUAUGAAGGUAUUUUGGUAUUGUUUUCCUUUGCUUAACUGUCUCACUGUUUUUUGAAAAACAUGGGUCCAUUGUUAAAACCAAAUGUAUGUGCAGCUUUACAUUCUGUUUUACAUGAAGCAUGUGACUAGGAAACUCGUUUUCUCCUCAAGCCUCAGGAGCUUUCUGAAGAGAAGUUUUGCAUAGCUCAAGUUGUGCAUGAAUUUUUAGCAGCUUUUCUUCAUGAACGAUAUAUGACAUGUGCUUUGGUAUCUUCUCUGAAAGUUGAAAACAUACCUAGUUUGCCCCGUUCUGUGCCUUUUUUAUUUUGCCAACCAUGUUUAUAGAAAGGACAUUAUUAAUGGCAUUUUGCAAGUGGAAUUAUAUUCAUUUGGAUAUAGCAAUACCUAAAAAAAAUACAAAAUCUCUACAAUCUUACUUGCUAUAAUUUUAAUGAGGUUACUGCAAGCCAGUUAAGACAACGGGGAUGUGAACAGCAGCAAAGUGCUCUUGGGAGAGUCUGAAUGUGACCCAGCGUGGCUCUGUUGACUCCUGCUCACUUAGGCUAUAGUGGCUUGUGAGAAUUAAGUCCACUGUGAUCUUUUGAGCAGACAUACCCUGUGGUGACACUGUGUCCUGCUAGAGGAGAGUUAUAGGUUUGUUUCUUUGCUUUUUUUUUUUCCCCAAGACAGGGUUUCUUUGUGUAGCCCUGGCUAUCUUGGAACUCAUUCUGUUGACCAGGCUGGUCUUGAACUCAGCGAUCCACCUGCCUCUGCCUCCCGAGUGUUGGGAUUAAAGAUGUGCACCACCACAACCUGACAAGAAAAGUAAUAGUGAAUAGUUUAAAGAACUGACAAACUUGAAAACAAAAUUGAUUCCUAGAAUGCCGCAGUGCCGCUUGGUCAAUCUGACUUCGGACAUAAACUGUCUGGUACAUGCCCAUUCCAGAGAUGUUUCUUUUUAUUGCCUUUUUGUGGUUUUUAAGAAAAUACUGCAGUCAAAUGGAAUAAAACAAGACCCCAAAAUUGUUGCUUAUAAAGAAAGAAAGCCAGCACUGGUCACUUGGUCUUAUUUUUCAUGUCUAGUCAGAAAAAAAUAAAGGACUUCAGUGAAGGUAAGAUACAUAAAACAGACACACUUUUCUGUUCUUUUGUUUUUUUUAAGGACUGAAUUACAUGUAUGUGAUGCUUUCUUAAGAUCCUAAAAUAUUUGACAACUAAUAUUUUCUUUUUAGAAAUCCAGCUAAAUCUAUUUUCAUGUCAACAUCACUAAAAACUAACAGGAAGAAACUGCAGAGCACCUGUAUCCACCCUGCAGAGCCACUGUUUUGCUACGUGGAGAAUGUGAUGUGAAAUCAGACUCUGGAGGGUUUCCUUGCAUUCUUGUUGUUUCUCUUCUAGAGAAAAUUGAAGUUAUCCAGUGUUAUCAGGGGAAAAUCAUCAUAAAAUACUAAGCCAUGAGAGCUUCUGAGUUCAUUAAAAUUGUGGCUUUCUCCUUAGAAAUCCGGCUUCAGUGGCUAUAGAAAGGAGGUGAUGGUAGUGUUUGAUUUCCAACACUUGUGCUUCUGCCAGCAAGUAGUAUUGUGUGUUAGCAAUGUGCUACACAGUUGUGUCUAAGAUCAGACAAAUAGCAAAACAGCAGGUCUACAUGGUGACGAAGGUGCAUUGCAGUUUCUUCCUGUUAGUUUUUAGUGAUGUUGACGUGAAAAUAGAUUUAGCUGGAUUUCUAAAAAGAAAACUACAAUGUUAAUGAACUCAGAAGCUCAUUGCAGCUUUCUGAAUGAGGGUGUUGAAGGUAUGUAGAUCAUUUUUCCACAUGUCUGACCUCUGAUUCAAGUGGUAGGCACAAACAGAAAGUAGAAGUUUUCAGGGCACAUUGCUAACACAGAAUACUACUUGCUGCCAGAGUCAGAUGUGUUGAAAAUAAAACAACAAAACCACCUCCUUGCUAUAGCCAUUAAAGCAAAGUUUACUUUCUAUUUUAACACAUUUUUAUUUUAUUUUGCAUUGUCACACAUUUAUUUAAAAACUAUAGCCCUUUGGUAGUGACAGUCAGGACAGUUGAUAUUUCAAACUGAUGUUUGUGUGUAUGUAGGUGUUCCUUUAUUCCAGGACUCUCAGAGGAGUCAAGGCGACUAUAAUGGCAGUUUUUGAAAUAUAUUGUAAAAUAAUAAAAUAACAAUGAAAAUUGA